CCAAAUAUAUUUACUAAUCAAUGCAGAUACAAAAACGCGGAUAUUUAUUGGCACUAGUAUCACAGCUGCUAAGAAAAUGUGCACUUUCAGGCGAGAAAGAGACAAAGAUCAUUGAAGAUGAAUUGCUUGACUUAAUGAAAUCUGAUCGACCUACUGAUGCCAAUGCACAUCAAAAUCAUGGAUAUAUGAGACCGGAUUUAAGUGUCUUUAGUUAUGCAUCUGUAAUGGCUGCCACAUGUAAUUUCUCUCCAGAAAACAAGCUCGGACAAGGGGGAUUUGGUCCUGUUUAUAAGGGAAAAUUGGUGACGGGACAAGAAGUAGCUGUUAAGAGGCUUUCAAAAUGUUCGGGGCAAGGAACACUGGAGUUUAAGAAUGAAUUGGUACUCAUAUAUGAACUCCAACAUAAAAACCGUCAACUUUUUGGAUUUUGCAUUCAUGGUGAAGAGAGGAUGCUGAUAUACGAGUACAUGCCAAACAAAAGUUUGGACUACUUUUUAUUCGAUUCAACAAGAGUCACGCCACUUGAUUGGAAGAAGCGUUUUAUUAUAAUUGAAGGAAUUGCUCAAGGAUUGCUUUACUUGCACAAGUACUCAAGAGUAACAGUAAUACAUAGAGAUUUAAAAGCAAGUAACAUACUACUUGACAAAAAUAUGAACCCCAAAAUAUCUGAUUUUGGUAUGGCAAGGAUUUUCAAGCAUAAUGAACUUGAAGCAAAUACUAAUAGGGUUGUCGGAACAUAUGGUUACAUGUCUCCUGAGUACGCCAUGCAGGGCAUCUUUUCCAUAAAAUCUGAUGUUUAUAGUUUUGGAGUGUUAAUGCUUGAAAUUGUAAGCGGCAGGAGAAACAAUAGCUUCUACAAUGCUGAUCGUCUGCUUAAUAUAGUAGGAUAUGCAUGGGAAUUAUGGAAGGAAGGCACAGUUCUAGAAUUCAUGGAUCCAACAUUAGGCGAUUCAUGCGUCAAAGAUCAAUUGUUAAGAUGUGUUCAUGUUGGUCUGCUAUGCGUGGAAGAAAAUGCAGCUGAUCGGCCUACCAUGCCAGAUGUUGUAUCUAUGUUGACAAAUCAAAGCACACCGAUGCCAUUACCUGCAAAGCCAGCAUUUUUUACAGAAAGAAAUGUUGUUGAAGCUGGUCUAAGUGGAAAAAAACCAGAAAUUUUUUCCGCAAAUGAGAUAUCCAAUUCAACUGAUGUACCGCGAUGAAUUACAUACUAUUAUGUUUACGGUUGCCUGAAUUUUGACUUUCUUUUAUAUGGUGGAACUAAUUUAGUUGGAAAAUUACUUAUUCCAGACAAACUGAUGUACCUAUGGAAAGAUCAAAUAUAAUAGCUGUUGGCAUUGUGUGCUGUC